GUGGUGGUUGGAAACCUGUGCCUGCCUGUUCUGUUCCUACCCGCCGUCAUCUUACCACACCCUUCACCUCACCUUACACUCCCCUCCAGCCCAGGAACUGGAAACUACAAAGAGGGGAGAGAAGGGAGAGGAGGAAGAGGAAACUAACAAUUCCCUGCCCAGUCCCAGGUCUACACCCAGUACAACCAACAGGUAGGCAAGCUUGCAGAGAAUACUCAGAGGGAGUCCUGUGAGCAGAAAACAGUCCUGAACCUGGAUAAAACACGAGGAAGUAAAAGAUCAAAGUCUGGUUGCUACCGUCUUCCUCUCCUGCUCCAGCUUCCACUCCGGCCCCCAUUUCGGCUCCAGCCUCGCACCCAGUUCCAGUCCUCAGUCCUUCUGGUUGCAUCCUCCCUCUCUGUUCCUGCCCUGCGCCAGCUCCCACCCCGGGAUUCCACAGCCGGACCCUCAAGCCAUGGCUGGUCCCUUCUCUCGUCUGCUGUCCGCCCGCCCGGGGCUCAGGCUCCUGGCUUUGGCUGGAGCUGGGUCACUAGCCGCUGGGUUUCUGCUCCGCCCGGAACCUAUAAGGGCCGCCAGUGAACGACGGAGGCUGUAUCCCCCGAGCGCUGAGUACCCAGACCUCCGAAAGCACAACAACUGCAUGGCCAGUCACCUGACCCCAGCAGUCUAUGCCCGGCUCUGCGACAAGACCACACCCACUGGUUGGACGCUAGAUCAGUGUAUCCAGACUGGCGUGGACAACCCCGGCCACCCCUUCAUCAAGACUGUGGGCAUGGUAGCUGGAGAUGAGGAGACCUAUGAGGUAUUUGCUGAGCUGUUUGAUCCUGUGAUACAAGAGCGACACAAUGGAUAUGACCCUCGAACAAUGAAACAUACCACUGAUCUGGAUGCCAGCAAGAUCCGUUCUGGCUACUUUGAUGAGAGGUAUGUAUUGUCCUCAAGAGUCAGAACUGGCCGAAGUAUCCGGGGACUCAGCCUUCCUCCAGCCUGUACUCGGGCAGAGCGACGAGAGGUGGAACGUGUUGUAGUGGAUGCACUGAGUGGCCUGAAGGGUGACCUCGCUGGACGUUACUAUCGGCUCAGUGAGAUGACAGAGGCUGAACAGCAGCAGCUUAUUGAUGACCACUUCCUAUUUGAUAAGCCCGUGUCCCCACUGCUGACUGCGGCAGGAAUGGCUCGAGACUGGCCAGAUGCUCGUGGAAUCUGGCACAACAAUGAGAAGAGCUUCUUGAUCUGGGUGAAUGAAGAGGAUCAUACACGGGUCAUCUCCAUGGAGAAGGGUGGCAACAUGAAGAAAGUGUUUGAAAGAUUCUGUCGAGGCCUCAAAGAGGUGGAACGGCUGAUCCAGGAGCGUGGCUGGGAGUUCAUGUGGAAUGAGCGUUUGGGAUACAUCUUGACCUGUCCGUCUAACCUGGGCACUGGACUUCGGGCAGGAGUACACAUCAAACUGCCCCUGCUAAGCAAAGAUAGCCGCUUCCCAAAGAUCCUGGAGAACUUAAGACUCCAAAAGCGUGGCACCGGUGGAGUGGACACAGCUGCCACAGGCAGCGUCUUUGACAUCUCUAAUUUGGACCGACUGGGCAAGUCAGAGGUGGAGCUGGUGCAGCUGGUCAUCGAUGGAGUAAACUAUUUGAUUGAUUGUGAACGGCGUCUGGAGAGAGGCCAGGAUAUCCGCAUCCCUCCACCUCUCAUCCACAAUAAGCAUUAAUUCCCCAUCCUCAGGAGAUGACUCAAGAUCGCCAGGACUUCUGCCCAUUCUAAUGUGGCCCAUUCUACUUGCCCUGGAUGCCCCUCUAACUCCCUUCUGUCCUAGUAAAGACUCCUUGCUAUGCUCUA